UCUUCACAGCUUUUCCGUCAGGCUUUACCAGCAGCCGCUGUCGACAAUAUCUGCAUUAGUACAUUCUUUCGUUUUGAUCUGCGCCAUUCUCAAUAUGAUCAGAAUUUUUGCAAUCAUACCGGCUCUGCUUUCAGCAGGAGCCUUGGUUAUCUCGUUUCUAUGCUUGUUUGCUGGUAAUAAACCAGGCUUCAUGGAAGACUUCAAUCUCUUCAACCUCAAUACCUCUCGUAUCGGCUCUACUCUUGCUGAGAAUGCGUUGAAUGGCGAAAACUCGAUCCUUCCAUCCUCCAUCACAAACAUCCUCAAUGAGCUCCCUGAAGACGUUCGCAACUCCAUCGAAAGCAUCGCGUCUACCGCCGCAGAUUCUUUCGCCCAAGAUCUCGGGCUCGAUGACUUCUACUCCGCCCAUAUGCUGAACUACUGCGCAGGCGACUACCUGCCUAAUGCUAUUCCCAACGCGACUGUUUCCGAAGACGAUAUUUACAAAAACGUCACUGUUUGCUCGUCACCAAGGUCGAGCUAUUGGUUCGAUCCGAGAGAUGCUCUGCAGGACUCCCUCGACCGAGCCAAUGUCACAACUAUAACAGUCGACCAAUUGCUCGAGCAAUUGAACUUCCCUAACGAGAUUAUCACCGCCCUGGACGCAUUAAGAAUUGCGUACCGCGCCAUGUUUACACUCUACGUCGUCACUAUCUGUCUCUGCUUCAUUAUGUUUGUCAUCAGCGCCAUCUACAUCUUCACCCACGGCUCGCGCAUCACAGCGUGUGUAGUCAUUAUCAUCUCGCUCCUCACCUUCGUUGCUUCUGGCGCGGCUAGUGGUGUGGCCACGGCCGUCAAUGUCAUCGGUGCCAACGCCAUCAAUCAGUAUGGUGAUCAAGUUGGUAUUGAGGCUGAUAUGGGGCGUAAAUUUCUUGCUCUUACCUGGGCAGGCACUGCUGCUGUGUUUAUCGGUCUGCUGUACUGGUUUGUCGACUGCUGCUGCGGCAGGAGCAGGAAGAGCACGAGGUAUGAUACCUACGAGAAAUAAAUCCGGAAUUGAUUUGUUCGUCCCGUGCCUGAUGAAGGCUCACUGACUUUAUUUGAAAUCCAUUUAUCUCACACUUAGCGGGCGUUGAAAUAGCACAGAACUUGCACUAGAUAAGGCUUACUUGUACAUAGAAAAUAAUUUUUACCAAUAUUGGCCUCGUUC